UGUUUAGCUUGGAGGCUAUUCCAUUUUGAUUUGAGCCGAGGAAUAGGAAAUACUACACACGUUCGUCGUGCCCUUUCAGCUGCUAAAGCUAACACUAACCUCCUGGAAGGCUUUCCAGUUCAACGACGCAACGAUCACAAUUUUGGAAAACUAAAGCCCUACCAAAAUGAGUGCAGCCUCCUCCCAAAAGGUUGUCCUGAAAAGCACUACCAAGGUGUCACUGAACGAGCGCUUCACUAACAUGCUGAAGAACAAGCAGCCCACUGCGGUAAGCAUUCGAGCCACCAUGCAACAGCAACACUUGGCCAGUGCCCGCAAUCGUCGGCUGGCCCAGCAGAUGGAGAAUCGACCCUCAGUGCAAGCAGCUCUUAAUCACAAGCAGAGCCUGAAGCAGCGUCUGGGGAAGAGUAACAUCCAAGCCAGGUUGGGUCGCCCGAUUGGGGCUCUAAUGCGAGGAGGACCGGCUGGUGGGAGAGGAAUGAUGCGCGGGAUGCCUAGGGGAAACCUCAGAGGAAGAGCAAGAGGAGGUGUAAUGAGGGGAGCUUUAUCGAUGAGAGGAAAGAGAUUGUCAACAGGUGUGCCAAUGCGAGGACGCGGCUCUGCCGGCCGCCUGUCAAUGCGCAGAGGAGGUCGCAAUCGUGGAGGAGGCGCUGGUAGAGGAGGGCCUAUGUCCAGGGGAGCACCAAGAGGUGUAGCCAGAGGCCGCGGUGGACUGCGCGGGCGUGGCGGCUUCCCCGGUCGCGGUGGACGAGGACGGGGGCGGGGCGCAGGCCGGCCAGCCGUGACACGUGAACAACUGGACAACCAGUUGGAUGCCUACAUGUCAAAGACCAAGGGUCACCUGGACGCAGAACUGGAUGCCUACAUGGCCCAGGCAGACCCAGAUAGUAUGGAGUGACCUUUGAAGGACACUUGCUUGACACUAUAGAAGUGUUGAGUGCAAUAUGCACAUAACAGUGUGGCUAUGUUGAGAAGUAAUUAAAACAAAAUGUGGUGAUUGUCCUGUACUUGGCAGGAAAUCAGAGUCUGCCCAUUUUACUAGUCCAUUCUGCAUCAACCUGCUCCUGUAUAGCUUUUAUUCUGUGUCAGUGGACCUCGAUAGAUGUUAGACCACUGUUUCCACACUUCUGUAUUGGUAUUUUCUAAAGUGUGUCAAAACAUGUUUUGUUUUUUUUUCUAAGACAGGAUUGUUUAUUGCUUAAAAACUGAUUCAUACGGUGUUGUUUUUAUUUGUUUGUUUUUUUUUUAAACAAAACUGAGAAACCCUUUGUAUUUGCUUUUAGUGUAAGUUGUUGUCAUAACUUUUGAGAUUUGAUUACGGGCUCAUCUAAAUGUCUUCAAUGCAAUGCCAGGACACUUGAUUCUUAAUGUCAGCAAAAGUUGUCUAAAAGCCAAUUAUCCAUUGUCAUAUUAAUGAUGUAAAAAAGAAAAGUUCUUACUUCUUCAGAGUGUUGGCUUCCUGAGCUUUGGGCUUAACAUUUGUAUGAUUAAAAGUAAAGGGUUUUAAAUUUU